AUGAUGCUGGCCCCAGAUAUGUUGAUUUUGAAUGUCCAACCGGAGAUGCUGAGAUCAACUAGAGCAAGAACACAUAAGUCUCCUAGGGGAGAUAAACAGAAACAAGUAGCAGAGUAUACGGCAGGCUGGGGUCUGUGCUGUCUGCUGGCCCUCCCUUCCUCUCUUUUUCCUCCCCACUUGCCUCGCAAGCUUCUGGGACCAGGCCAGGGUCCCCACAGCUUGGCGUCACACGCAGCUUGUGUCUUACCAGUUGCUCUUGUAACUAAGGGGUCACUCUUCCAUCUCUCGCUCUCAUUUGCCUGGGGCUCUGUGGUGAAUCACCUCGUUGAAGUAGCAGCCAGCACGGAGAAGAUGGAGUUUCAGUACGUCCUGUCCACCUGGGGCUACCUCAGCAGUCCUGGUCAUGGUGAUGGGGAUAACACCAAGGGCUCCCAGGAGAAGGUGCCACCCACACCCAGCCUCAGUUGGCAGCUCAGCUUCCCUACCCUCCAUGAGACCAGCUUAGCCAUGAACUUCCUCCACGGCCUCCAGCCACCCCUGCUCCCCCUGGACCUCACCCUCCUGGGCAGCAGCGUGCUUCGCAAGGUCAGGGUCCUGAGCAAUCCCUGGGCAGGAGUCUCACCUGCCGACUGGCCCGUCAUGGACAAAUGUAGAAGUGAGGCCCAGCACGUGGUGGACCUGAUGAGAUGCUACAGGAGCCAGGACCCCAAGAAGAGGCCCUGCUUCCUGGAGCCCACCCAGCCUCCCUGCCUGGGGCCCAGGGAGCUAGUGGCUGCCCCGGCUGCCGGGAUGAGUCCAGACUUCCCCUCCUUCUUAGCAGACUUCGGGGAUUACUGGAAACAGGUCCUACAGCUCGCAGACAGCGAGUGCUUGGUCUUAAGCAGUGAGGAGCUGAGCAUCUACUGGAACCAGGUCUGUCCCCUCCACUCCCUGCUGGCCCAGGGAGUCUGCUAUGGGGUCAGUGGGGCUGCGCCACACAGCGCACAAGCCUCCAGCUACAUGCCCCACCCCGCCCCCCAUCGCCACACAGUCCCAGCAGCCUGUGCGCUCCACCUGCUUCCUAAGGAGGAGGAGAGCCUUGCCCCACUGCACUUUGUGGCCCAGGACGGGGACGACCACACCGCCCGCCUCAUGGAACAUAAGGACCGGGCCCUGUGGCACCUGACCACACGCAACUUGGGAAAUGUGGCACAGCUUCUGGUUUCCCAAACAGCAGACCCCAGCUUGUGUGAGACGGAGGGCAAGACUCCGCUCCACAGGGCAGCCUGCUUCACUCAUGUCAGCCUUGUCAAGCUGCAGGCUGGCCGGGGAGCUAAGCCAGAUGUUCCGCAGAGACACCUGAGGACGCCAUGCACCUGGCAGUGGUAUGUGGAGAGGGCCAUCCCACACCUGCUGAAGAGUGGGGCAACAGGGUCCUCUGGACCCACUGCACUCUGCAGCUGCUGGGGCAAGUACCUUAUCUGCAAGAUGUGUCGUAGGUAUGAGGCCAGCCGCAAGCUGCCCACCCAGAAGGACUUGAUGUCCCGUUAUCUAGCAGCCUACAAGGGCCCCCUGGAGGUCGUGCACCUGCUGGCUGAGAGCCACAUAGACUUGGGUCCUCUUGGGCUGAACUGGACACUGCUGCACCUGGCUACCUGCCCCGGGGAGGGAGUGGCGUCUGCACUGCUGUAGUGUGGAGCUGAUGCCAGUGCUGCUGAGGAGGCCGGCUGCACACCACUCCACCCGCCCAUCCUGGGGGGCACCUUCCCAGUGCCUUCAACCUCUUGGAGCACUGUGUAG